AUGGCAGACAAACUUGGCACAAUGAAGCCGCAGAAGAAGAUUGAACUCUUCUCGGCGAACUACUUCGCGGUAAAAUGCCGGCGCCAAGUCGACUCCUCGCUCUACAAGUCCAACUCCCAAGCCUGGAAAAUGAUCUACUCCAAAGAAGGUCUGCGCGGUGUCUUCUUCGGCUGGUCCCCCACCUUCAUCGGCUACUCGUUCCAAGGCGCGGGCAAAUACGGCUUCUACGAGGUCUUUAAGUACCUCUACGGCGAGAAGCUCGCGCCCAACGUUCCAAAACAAGUCGUUUUCCUCGCCGCCUCGGCGUCCGCAGAGUUCCUGGCCGACCUCGCGCUGUGUCCCAUGGAAGCGAUCAAAGUGCGCAUGCAGACUACGCUGCCGCCGUUUGCGAAUAAUCUGCGCGAGGGUUGGGCGAAGGUCAUUCGGGAGGAGGGCGUGGGCGGGUUGUACAAGGGCCUUUACCCGCUCUGGGCACGCCAGAUUCCGUACACGAUGGUCAAGUUUGCGACGUUUGAAGAGACGGUGUCGAGGAUUUAUGGGUUUUGGGGAAAGCCAAAGGAUAGCUUUAAUGGGUUGCAGCAGACGGGGGUGUCGUUUGCGGGUGGGUAUAUUGCGGGUAUCUUUUGUGCGGUUGUGUCGCAGGGCGUGCUGGUAUGUCAUACAUUCGCUUGGCGUUGGGGAUAUGUCAUGGUGUCGAAACUCAACAGCGACCGCAAGGCGGGCGAGGGUGCGGGCCAGGCCAUUGGCAGGAUCUAUGGUAAGAUUGGAUUCGGUGGUCUGUGGAACGGACUGCCGGUGAGGAUCUUCAUGAUUGGUACUUUGACGGCUUUCCAAUGGCUCAUUUACGACUCGUUCAAGGUGUACCUCGGUGUAAGUUAUUACACACAGAAUUCGGUGUUUGGGUUGCGCUAA